AUGACUUUCAAGUUUAAAUGUCUCAAAUACAGUUCUUUUAACAUCGAGGAGGUGCGGGCCUAUAGACGGGAGUUCGAGGAGAGCCGUAAAAAGGGGGCUGAAUCCACGAAUGUGAAGGAAUCUGCCGACCUAAUGCAGGAUGUAGCUGUAAUGGUCGGCAAAAUCGUGGAUGGCCGCCUGGCGGCUCUUCAGCUCCCGGCUGCCCCUCCUUGCCGCCCCCCAUUGGCUGGGGACAGCAGACCACUGCGCAAGCGUGGGUGCGCAAGUCGAUUUGGAGAAGCUACCCGCCCUCCCCCAAGCAUCGAUCAAAGGAAAGGGGAAGGGCACAAGGAAAGGCAAGGGGAAGGGAAAGGCAAGGGGAAGGGAAAGGCUAAGGAGGUGGAGUGGACCGCGUUCGGUCCCUCCACCUCAAAGGAAGCGGCCCCUCAAGGGAAGGACGAAGAGGGGGCCAAACCCAUGGAGGAGCCGGCAGCAAGGUGGACGGAAGUCGUCCGCCGUAAAACGGCAGCGAAAAAGCAGACGGCUUCAGCACCGCCGGCGAAGAACCCGGUGAUCAAAAACACGGUGGCCUCAACGCUGCCUACCAUGAAAGAGGCCCCGAAGCCUAAGCUGGCGCUCCCCCGCUCAGCGGCCGUAAUAAUCAAGUUACGGCCGGAAGCAGUAGCCAGGGGGGCCACGUACGGGUCGAUAUUGCUCAAAGCAGAGAGCAGUAUCGACAUCAAGGAUUUGGGUAUCGGCCCGCUCCGGAUCCGCCAGUCGGCGACCGGGGCGCGCCUCAUCGAGGUGCCCGGCUCAACGAGCGGGGAGAAGGCCGAUGCCCUCGCCACUCGGCUAAAAGAGGCCUUGGAUGAGGAGGCGGAGGUGCUCAGGCCUGAGAAGAAGGCGGAGAUGAGAAUCUCAGGCUUGAGUGACGCGGUCACCGCGGAGCGCCUGGCUACCACGGUGGCAAAGGAAGUGGGCUGUUCCCCGGGACAAGUCCACGUGAGGAACAUCCGCGUAGGGCAAAUGGGCUCGGGGACAGCCCACAUUGAGCUUCCGGCGGUGGCAGGGAAGAAACUGCUGCAGGCCGGAAGCAUAGCGGUGGGGUGGAGCAGGGGGGUCGUCCACCUUAUGCAGGCACGUCCCAGGCACUGUUUCCGUUGCCUGGGACUAGGGCACGUUGGUGUCGCGUGCACAGCUGGCACUGACCGCAGUACAUUGUGCUAUCGCUGCGGUCAGGCAGGCCACAAAGCUGCCGGAUGCUCAGCCACUGCUCGUUGUGCAGUGUGUGCGGACGCCGGUAGGCCGGCGGGUCACGUGAUGGGGGGCAUGGCGUGCAAACCCCCAAUAACUCGCGGGAAGUUCCCCCCACAAACAUCCCAAGAGGGGAACCGAGUGGUGUCAGCAGACGCUGAGAUGACCGAAUAA